AUUAUCUCGAUUCGGAGGGUUACUGUGGGGAUGUAGGUAUUUUCAGCAUUUACAGAUUUUUUUAAUAUAUUUUGUCAUCUUUGACCGUAUGAAUCUAGAAUUUUGGGGUGUGACAAUUCAGAAUUCGCCGUUGACUCCUUUUUGUCCACUGCCGAACACAGUAUAAUAAUUUGUUUCUGCUCUAACGUUAACUGUUCUCUUCCCAAAGUUUCGUUUCGUUCCGCCAUUACAGUCAUUGCGAUUGACCACUGCUGCUUCGAUUUGAGAAGAUAACGUGAGUAAAGAUGCAGACCAACAAUGUUAUCAGAGUGAAGUUCAAAGACAGCAAGAGAUAUAUUUUUUCUUCAAAACCUUUUACAUUUCAAUCAUUUUUGGAAUGUGUUGCCAAUAAAUUUGAUCUUCCUACAAUGGAUGUGAAAGUCUUUGAUGACUCGAAGACAGAAGUUGAUGAGGAAGCAUUAGUAUAUCUGCUGACACGACCAGAUCUUGGUGUAUUAGAAAUUGUCAUCCCAGGCACAGCAAACAUUGAUGAUUCUUUAAGCUCAAGCUCAUUAGGAGAUGAAGGUACAUCAGAGUCUGAUGACACUGCAAUGUUGAUUACAAGCCCUCCUGAAAAAAAUCUAGCUGAGGAACAUCGUCUUGCCAAGAUGAUUGAAGAGAUUCUAAAGACCAGCCCUGGAGGUGAAAAGAUUAUAAACGAAUAUACCCGCACCAAAGGUCUGUCCGAUACCCGAAGACGUGACAUGGUGAAAAUUUUGGUAGCACAUUUAACAAAUGAACAUGGAACAAGCCCUUCCAGACGUUUGAAGGAAGAAUAUGCGAAAGGAAUCAUUUCCCUCUUCCCAUGCUUGGCUGACCCCAGGAGCAAGCUUGGAUAUGAGCAUUAUUACAAUGCAGAAGAUGGAAGUGGAUAUUUGGCGUGGAGAAUUAAAACUCUGCAGAAAGAAGCAUCAGAGGGACGGAUGAAGCGUCCACGGCAACCACAAACAGGUGGGCCAACUGCUGACAGACAAUCCUACAAAGAAGACUGCUAUUUGACUGAAGACCGUCAUUGUCAGGAAGCAAUAGCCCUGAUGAAGCAUACAGCUGAUGAGGCAGUGGUAAAGGAAAAGAUGAAGUUAACGCUGGCCUAUCGCCAGAAGCUGCUGCAUGACCCUAAAAAGUCUGCUGAUAUUCUAUCAGUUUUCUCACGAUUCCUGGAUAUACCAGGCUUGAUUAAUCAAGAUUUUGGACUUUUGUUUGGUGAUGCGACCUCUGCAAAGUUGUUGGAGAAGUGGUCUACCAACAUAAAACCAAAGGUUAUUGCACAGAGCCGUGGCCUCACACAGACUAGUGAGCUCCAAGACCUCAUCCAAAAUGCUGAAGCCACUGAAGUUGAAGAAGGGUGGGACAGCGACAUGUCUUCCAUUCUGAUGCUGGUUCACCUUUGCCACCCUCAAGUCAAGGCCGCAAGAGACCGGGAAAGAUCUCAGCCAAACAAGCAUGUGAUCAUCUUGUGA